AUGUUUGAAUUAGUUUCACUUACUGAAGAGUGCAGUGCUAGAGUUCAGAUUAAACUUCCUCCUAAGGUGAAGGAUCCUAGGAGUUUCACAAUUCCCCUGUCUAUUGGGAAAAAAGAAGUUGGUAGAGCCCUGUGUGAUUUAGGGGCUAGCAUAAAUUUGAUGCCAUCAUUUUUUUGCAAACAACUAGGAUUGGGGGUCCUUAGACCGACUACAAUCACUUUAUAUUUGGUAGAUAGGUCACUAGUGAUGCCAGAAGGAAUUAUUGAGGAUGUGUUAGUUCGAGUGGGAAAGUUUAUUCUUCCUGUUGAUUUUAUUGUUCUUGAUUACGAGGUAGAUGAGGAAGUGCCCAUUAUUUUGGGGCGACCAUUCUUAGCUACUGGUGGAGCGAUUAUUGAUGUGAGGGAAGGGAAGUUGAAGAUGAGAGUUGAUGAUGAGGAAAUCACUUUUAAUGUGUAUAUGGCACUUAAGCUCCCUAUGCAUUAUGACCACUUGUGCAUGAUUAGUGUGGAGGAAUCAAAGGGGAUAAAGCAGAGCCCUUAUGUGAACUGUAGUGAUCCAGAUGGGAAACUGAGUUAG